GAAUGAUUCUAUGUGAGUGUGUGUGCGUAUGUAUGUAUAUUCGGCAUAUCCUUUGGUGUUUGUAUGGUAGAUAAAAAGGAUUACUACAGCCAAAACGAAUAGCCUUAAAGCAUGGAAUUAUAAUUAAGCAAGAAAAGAAAACGUUAAAGAAAAAGUUUGCCCACAACUCACCGCAAGCAUCCAUCCCUAUUCGCCAUUCUGCAUCAUCCCACUCGCAAACGAAACGAAACAAAUCAAUUAAAAUUAAUUUCAAAGAAGCCUCAAAGAAAAGGCAAAGUCCUUUGCCAAGAAAAGUGAGAAAAAGUAUCAAAUUUACAUAAAACGUCCUUCAAGUCCCAGCACACAAGAACGCCACGCACAGGCCAGUGCCAGACACUUUGGAACAAGGGAAAAACUAACUGGAUACAAUUACAACACUAAGGCUGAUUGCUGUCUGCGACACAGCCCGAGGAAAUGUGACCGCAUUAAGCUGCUUACAUCGAACCAAGUGAUAAAACAAAGAAAAAACGACAAAGGGCUGACAGGAACAGCAGCAGUAGAUCUUCAAGCCGUCCACAGUGAGGCACAGCCCAAAGAGUUGUAAAAGUUGAAACAAAAACACCGGCAACGAUACAGCAACCCCUUCGUAUAUUGUCACUUAACCCAACAAUUGGGAUUCAUCCUUGGUAAAUAUCCUUAUACUCACACAUGUAAACGUGACAGAGCUGCAUUGCAACCAAACACACAAAGCAAAAAAUAGAAAGGGAACGAAGCAAAGACCAACUCACAAACAUUUUUGAGUGAAAGCAUGCUGAUAUGCUAAAGUCAAGUCUCACAACAGUCAGUCGUGGGUACGACACUCAGACAGGCUGCCACCACCAGCAACAGAAAUAGAAACAACACCAACCACAGUAGCAGCACAACAGCAACGACAGCAUCAGGAGCAACAUUCUGGGAACAUGAAAACAUUACCAACAUGGUGAUGGUCUGUCUCCAAGCAACCAAAUCACCAGCAUCAGCAUUGGCAUUGGCAUCGGCAUCACCAACAGCAACAGCAACAGCAGCUGCAACACCAGCCAUCAAGGCAGCAAUUUCACAUACCCCUCCCCUCUUUGACGUUGGGCACCUCAACAUACUACUACCCCUUCUCGGCCAACGUUUAACGUACUGUGACGCUCUGCGUUCAGCAUAUAUUUAGAGAAUUGUCAAAGCAACAACCACGUGACAGGCGAGACAACAUAUGCUUACACCCGCACUUUCCACACUCGCAGCAUUGAAGCCUCAAGUGGGCGCCAGACUCCCUCCCGUCCCGCUUGGGUUUUUCUGCAACACUCUCUUUAUCUCGACUCCAUAGACCUCCUGGCCCUUAGUUGUUGACUGGCUGGAUAAGCCGGAAAAGGGAAACAAAUGCUGUCACUCUAAAUUGUUGACUGGUCUGAAUUUAAUGUGGCAAAGCCAAAACGGGAAUGAAAAAAAGCUCUGUCUGAAAAAAGUACGUAAAAAACCCACACACACACACACACAAACACUCGUGCAAGACAAACAGCACCAAAAUCAACAGCAGCAGCAACAACACCAACAACAACCACAGCUGCAACAUCGACAUCAGCAACAAAAUUUAAAUUUAAAACCUAGUCGAGACAACAAACACCAUCCACUGAGUGACGACUGGGGCCAGCACAUAGCAGUUGACUGACUGACUGACUGGCUGGCUGGCUUUACAGCCUCAUCUACAAGGAGGCAAAGAAAUUGUCAAUUUAAAUGCUUUUAAUGAUUUUUUAAAUUUCCCAACGACUUUUCUCCAACACUCAGCCAGAGAGUUAUCCAAUCUGUGAAGACAGAGGCAUUAUCCUGUGGAACAACAAGAAGUUCAUCCAUUACCAAACAUCCCAACUAUCCUAGGAGCCUUCAAAAGGAGCGGCUCUCAUUGGCAUCCAUCUAUCCAUCCAAACAGAGCAUUGACUAAGCCAACAAAUGGCCAAAUUUUGGUUACUCUAUUGGGGCCUAAUGGUUGCCUGGUAUCCCCUGUUGUCAAGUGGUUAUCUUAACGUGUUCAUAAGCCACAAAGAAGUGAUGAAACUUAUGCAAUUGGAAGCGGAUUUAUUCUAUGUUCACGAGGGAACAAUAAACACAUACGCAAUGCAUUUUACGGUGCCAGUGCCGGCAGAUGUACACGACCUCGAAUUCUCAUGGCAAAGUCUCACAGCUUAUCCGCUUCCAUAUGCAAUUACCAUCGAUUAUGACCAUGAUCAGGAGGCAUUGGCCGCACCCACCCUCAGUAUACCCGAGAAGGGCUAUGUGCCACAGCAGGUGGAAACAUUCUCCGUACAUUUGCCCUGUAGUGGCAAUGUUAGCGAACAGGUCCCCCUGAGUGUUAAUAUGCUGGUGCGGGGACCCCCGCGCCACAACGAUACCAAAUUACAUUUUAAACGUAAUAAAAUUUGUAUCAAAGGUCUAUUUCCAGCUCCCAAUCAAUCACCGGCUCCCGCCCAUGCUCCCUCGCAGGGUCCUGCGUUGCUGGGUGCUGCCGCCUGUGCCUUGGGUUUGGUGUUGGUUGUGGGCCUCAUCGCCAGCACCAUGUAUCUGAGGGCACGCAAACAGAUACGCCAGGAUUCGUUGCACACCAGUUUUACGACAGCUGCCUAUGGCAGUCACCAGAAUGUCUUCAUACGCCUGGAUCCCCUGGGACGGCCCCCAAGUGCGAACAGUGGUUCCUAUGCCACCAUAGCCAGCCUCAAUAAGUAUCCCCUGGAGACCAAGAAGUCCUGCAACAUAUUUGAAAAGUUCCGCAGCUCCCCAACUCCAUCGCCAUAUGCAACAGCUCUGCUGCCCAUGGGCGAUCAGAUAGCAGAGACAAUUUAUUCCAAACCAGAGUCGGUAUGUCCCUCGAGAAUAUCCUACUAUGCUUCAUCACAACUAACCCAGGUGUACAGCAUGUCCACUCCUAAAUCAAGUCGUGGCAAUGGCAGUGUUUUUGGAGGCGCCAGCACUGGUACCGGAGGUGGCAGCAAUACCGGCAGCAAAGAUAAAAUGCGUCGCAUACCCAAUGUCCAGCCGGGCACCAUGGAGUGUGAACAGCUCAUCAAGGAGGGCACCUAUGGUCGCAUUUAUGCCGGGAAAUUGGGCGAUUCCUGUGAUGUGCUGAUCAAGACCGUGGUGGAUGGAGCUUCGCUGACCCAGGUGGCUUGUUUGCUGCAGGAUGCCUCCAUGCUAAUAGGAGUGGGCCAUCAGAAUAUAAUGGCUCCCAUGCUGGCUAACACCGAGUUGCCAGGCCCACCGGAAAUCGCUUAUCCUUAUCCCUGCAAGGGAAACUUGAAAAUAUUCCUACAAAAGUCUCGUGAGAUGAAUACACCUUUGAGCACCCGUCAAUUGGUGGAAUUUGGUUUGCAUGUAACCAAGGGCUUGGCCCAUCUGCAUUCGGUGGGCAUACUACACAGGGAUAUUGCCACCAGGAAUUGCUAUUUGGAUUCCGAUUCCUAUGUAAAAAUAUGUGAUAAUGCCCUAUCACGCGAUCUUUUCCCCGAUGACUAUCACUGCUUGUGUGACAAUGAAAAUCGUCCCCUCAAAUGGAUGGCCUUGGAGUCAUUGCAGCAAAAGAAUUUCUAUAGCCAACAGACGGACAUCUGGAGUUUGGGCGUUCUAUUUUGGGAGUUGGCCACUUUGGCUUUGACCCCCUUUGAAGAGGUGGAUAUUUUCGAAUUGACACCUUAUCUGAGUGAUGGUUUCCGUUUGGCACAGCCCAUCAAUUGUCCAGAUGAAUUCUUUACCGUCAUGUCCUGCUGUUGGCUCGUAGACCCAAAACAACGACCGUCCUUUCCACAAUUAAUUGCAUAUUUACAAGAUUUCUACGAGGACUUGAGCAUGUACAUAUAAGCCCAAAAUAACCGAAAUGGCCAACGCAGAAGGUUAUGGCCAACUUCUUCAAAUCCAAUUAAGGACCUGAGC